UAUUUAAAAGAUACUGCCAACGUUAAUGAUCUGUACGAGUAUUAACUAAUACAAACGGGACUUAAUCACGUAGGAUUAAUAAUGUCUAAAAAUCGUGAAAGUUUAAAUCAGUGUUAAAGAUCUGUAUUCAGAUUACUUGUUUUGUUUAUAUUUAUUUUUCUCUGUUCAGAGAAGGCGAUUAUUAAUAUGACGUAGUUCAUAUGCGGAAUUUCGUAUAUUAAAUCCAACUCUCAACAAAAUAAUCAUCUUUUAGAGCAACUAACAUUCCAUGUUAAUUUACGUCGCUGUCAAACUUGUAAAUUAAACCACUUGAGAGCAACACGUUUUCACUGUUUGCUGAAUUCAUAUUUCAGAAACUCUUUCCGUGCCUAACCGGAGCGCGACAUUUCAAAUCAGUCAGUCGGUUCCUGAACUUUCAUCCGAACACAUCCAAAGACAAAAAAAAGUAAAAGUUAGUUAAAUACAUGACAUAAAACCUGAUGGUGUUCUAAUUUACAUUUGAUAAUUUGUAAUUUUUAAAGUUUCAAGUUGUGAUUUUAAACAAUGGUGCGUAAAGAGUUGAUAGUGCCGAGUAUAAUAAUGUGGGCGGCAGCGGCGCUGGCACUUUGGGCGGCCGGCGUAGGCGCCGCGCGCUAUGACAGCGCUACGCCGCACACCCCGCCCUACACGAAAUACAAAUACAUACCUUUGAGAUCCUCAUACGACCGGUACGACCCUGAUGACUUAAGUUCGUCUCCCCCCGCGGAUCCCCCGGGCGGCACCGUGGUCAACUCGGGCGGCAUGGCGCCCUCAGAGUUUAUCUUGACGGCACUACGCACUGCCCUGGAUGUAGUGCGCAAUAUCAACAAGCAGCGCGCGCUUGCCAAGCCCAAAAACAACACGGCUCUAAUGCAACAACGGCGGAGAAGAGUAAAUGUCACAACGAGUGAGAGCGGGCGUGGCUUUGAAGACUACUACGACGAGCACCACCACUAUGAGACAACCACCACCACCACCCCCAAACCCAUGAAGCAGGGCCGGUACACCGACCCCUGGGCUGGCUACUACGACUGGAUCAUCAACGAGGGCUCCUUCAAGUUCUGGAGCGUCUUCCAGUUGUUCACUGCUGCUCUUCUGUUGUACGCGUGCUUCUCCGCCAUUUACUAUGCGAAGUUCAACCCUAUUAUUCCGGACUACGACCGGGAAUACGAUGAUUAUUUCCUGGAAAGGACAGUAGGAAGACAAGCAAGAAGUUUGGAUUCGAUGGAGUCUUGGGAGCUACCCUCUGGUCUUAGUUGGAUAAAUCCAAGGACCUUCCAGUUCAUUUUAGAUGCUAUUUCAGCACAUUAUGAGCAAGAAUAACA